CGACAGGCUGUAAUUGCCUUCCUUUAGAUAUUUAGAUCUUGUAGUGCCCUCAAGAAUCAGUUUUUCUGGUCAUCUCCAUCGAUAUAUUGCCGUUAUUAUCAAAUCAUAGCCAUCGAUCCUGCAGCAUGGCUCAUCUCGAAUCUCGUAAACACAUCUCGCCCGAUUCAGGGUUUCCCAUCACCCUCCACCCCGCAUUCAACCCUAAGAUCAAGAACCAUGUGCCUCCAGAGCCCCGUAGAGAACCCUUCCAGCCAGACAAGGACAGGGCCUCGUUUGCGGACCCGGAGAAGAAAGCGUUGUUUUCCGUCGCUAAGAGAGUCGAUCUCACAGAGUCCCUAGGAACUCUCCUUGAGAAUGUUCAGCUUUCGCAAUUGAACGAGCAGCAACUGGAUGAAUUGGCAUUGCUUGUCGCCGAAAGGGGAGUCGUGUUCUUCCGUAACCAGGAUUUGACGACGGAACAGCAAGUUAAGCUUUUUGAGCAUUAUGGCAUUCUUGACAAGCAUCCUGCACAAAAGGACCAGAGGCACGUUGUAAUACGCGGAAGUACCGAAGACCAUCGUGAAAUUGGAAAGUACACACCCUGGCCUUCGGGAGAAUGGCAUGCUGAUACAUCCUUCGAAAUCAACCCUCCCUCUUAUUCUAUGCUUAGGAUGGAAGAACACCCCCCAGUUGGCGGAGAUACCGCCUGGGUCUCCCAAUACGGACUCUACGAUGCCCUAAGCGACGCGAUGAAGCGAUUUGUAGACGGUCUCCACGCGGUGCAUACAUCCAGAUAUCAGUAUGAUACCAUUCUCGAUCUCUGGGGAGUAGGACCUAAUCGUCCACCGAUCGAUACGCACCACCCGGCCGUACGCACUCAUCCCGUCACAGGGCUCAAGGCGCUCAAUGUCAAUACGGGUUUCGUCACUGGCUUUGCGGAGCUGAACAAAACUGAAUCAGAUAAACUCCUGGAUUUCUUCGCCUACCAUCUCCACUCUGCCGAUGACCAUUACGUACGAUGGAAAUGGGAAGUAGGAAGCGUUGCCAUGUGGGAUAAUAGGUGCACUGUUCACCGCGUCAUUCCCGGGAAGUACAAGCAACCACGAAGAGGAAUUCGAACUACGGUAUUUGGUGAAAAGCCGUUCCUGGACCCGCAGAGCGAAAGCCGCAAUCAACGGCUCGAGAGAGAGCAAAAGCAGCAGGGGAGCCAAGGUACAAAUGAUAGUAAAGCUGGAACAGGCGUUGCAGAUGUGGCCGCAUAGAAGAAACAACUCGGGAGAUAUGUGUCACGGGCGGCAAUACAAUGGCCAUACAGAGAUGAGAGAGUGGAUUCUAGUAUCUUGUUAUAUCACUUUAUGACCAACAAUACAAAAG